AGCCCCUGCAGCGUGCAGCAGCUGGAAACGAGGAGGAGGGGCAGGCAGGGGGCCGGAGGUCGUCUGUGCGCCCAGGAGAUCACUCGCCAUCCCCAGGAGCCAAACAGGAGCCAGACCAUGGCAGGGAAGCUCAAGAAGUCUUCCAUGCACGGGGUCACCAUCCGGCAGCUGGUGGAUGAGAUCCCCGAAGGCUGCAGCACGCCAGACUUUGAGCAAAAGCCGGUCACCUUGGCACUGCAGGAAGGAAGAAAUGCCAUCUUCCGGGCUGUGGUCUGUGGGGAGCCCAAGCCCGAGGUGUACUGGCAGAGCAGCAAAGGUGACCUCAGCAACUCCAGCAAGUACCAGAUCUCCUCCGCCCCGGGCAGCAGGGAGCAUGUGCUACAGGUCAACAAGAUUAUGGGCGAGGACACGGACCAGUACCGGUGCCGGGCGGUGAACGCGUAUGGGGAGGCCAUGUGCUCGGCCCGGCUCACGGUCAUCGAAGUUGGCUUUCGGAAAAGUCGGAAGAGGCACAAGGAACCCCAGGAGGACCUCAGGCAGCAGCUGGCCGAGUUCCGGAAGAUGCUGAAGAGGGCGCAGCCUUCUACCUCUGAGAAGACAAAGGUGGAUCGGGAACAGGUGUGGCAGCUGCUGAUGACGGCGGACCGAAAGGACUACGAGAGGCUGUGCCUGAAGUACGGCAUCAUGGACUUCCGGGGCAUGCUGCGCAAGCUGCAGGAGAUGCGCAAGGAGCGGGAAGACAAGAUGGCUCAGUACCUCAACUCCGUAUCCAACUGGAAACACAUCAAAAUCACCAAGGAGGGAAUUGCAACGUUUGAACUGGAGCUAGAUCUUAAGGAUGCUGAGAACAAGAUAUACCUGUAUAAGGAUGGUGAGAUGGUCCGCUAUGGCUUCGACAGCCAGAGCAAGCGCCACGUGCGACGGUUGGGGAAGCACUACCAAUUCCAGAUCCAGGAUCUGUGGCCCGAGGACGCUGGCAUUUACCAGGUCAGGGUGGAGGACGCCGAAAUCUUCUCCACAGAACUGGAGGCCAGCGCCAUCCCCCCCCGAGUGGUCGUGCCACUGGCCGAGGUCCAUUGUGAAGAGCAGAGUGACGCCGUCUUUCAGUGUGUCCUCUCCAGCGCCUGUCCCAAAGCUGCCUGGAGUUUCCAGCACCGCUCACUCCAGCCAAGCGACAAGUACGAAAUGUCCGUGUCCCCUGACGGGCUGACCCACAAGCUGAUGGUGAGGGGGGCCCGUCUCUCAGACAUGGGCGCCUACUCCCUGAGCACUGGGCUUUACACCUCCAGCGCCUGGCUGGUGGUUGAAGACGGGAAGGACAAAGGCCUUCUGACCACAAGUGCUGACCUACAAGUUCAUCCCCUUGGCGGCAGGAGAGGUGGCGCAGAAAGCAGGUUGGACGUCUGUGGCCAGGAGAGGAACGCCACCCAGAGCCCCAGAUCCAGACGCAAGCCUGACACUGGGGGUUUCUCUGAGGAGGCCCGAGCCCCCCUAGGCCACUUCUGCCAGGGCCUGGCUGACACGGAAGCACAACUGGGAGAGACUGCCGUGCUCUCCUGUACCCUCACCAGGGACAUGGGACCUGGUUCCUGGUUUAAGGAUGGAGUCAAGCUCAGUGCCCAGGAUGGACUCGUCUUCGAGCAAGAUGGUCUGGUACACAGGCUCAUCAUUGAGGAUGUGCAAGGGACCCAGGCCGGGAAGUACAGCUUUGCAGUCGGCAACCAGAAGACCGAGGCCACCCUGACUGUCCAAGAUCCCCCUGUCAUCGCUCCGGAUGUGACAGACAGACUGAGGGAGCCUCUGACGGUCAAGGCUGGGAAGCCGCUGACUGUGAAGAUCCCCUUCAAGAGUCGCCUACCUGUUCAGGCCACCUGGAGGAAGGACGGGGCCCAGGUGGAGGGCAGCAGCAGUGGGGGCGCCCAGGUGGCCCUGGGCGACGGCUUCACUCGGCUGUGCCUCCCCAGCACCAGACGGAAGGAUGGCGGCCAGUACAGCGUGACGCUGAGAAGCGAGGGUGGCUCCGUGCAGGCCACACUCACCCUGCAAGUCAUAGACAAGCCCCAGCCCCCACAGGGCCCCCUGGAGGUGCAGGACUGCCAUGGGGCUGGUGUCUGCCUCCGCUGGCGGCCCCCUCGGGAUGACGGAGGCCGGGCCGUGGAGCGCUACGUGGUGGAGAGGAGGCAGGCCAGCAGGAGCACGUGGCUGAAGGUGGGCGAGGCCCCGGCAGACAGUACCACCUUCACCGACGCCCAGGUGGAGCAGGGCAAGAAGUACGCCUUCCGCGUGCGGGCCGUGUCCUCGGAGGGGGCCGGGGAGGCCCUGGAGUCUGCGGAGGUGCUGGUGGCUCCUGAGGCACUCCCCGGGCCCCCUUCCACCCCAGCGAUCCUGUCGGCCUCCAGCCAGGGCAUCACUCUGACGUGGACAGCCCCUCGGGGCCGCAGCCGUGUCCACAUCCUGGGCUACCUGAUUGAGAAGCGUAAGAAGGGGAGUAACACCUGGACAGCAGUGACCGAUCAGCCCGUGCCUGAGCGGAAGUGGACGGUUGUGGAUUUGCGGCACGACUGUCAGUAUGAGUUCCGGGUCACGGCCGUGGCCCCUGCUGGCCCUGGGGAGCCAGGACCCCCGUCGGAAGCCGUGUUUGCUCGGGACCCCAUGAGGCGCCCCGGGCCCGUGAGGGACCUCGAGGUCACGGACACGUCACACACCAGCAUCACCGUGCGCUGGGCCCCGCCGGACACGGAGGAUGGGGACGAAGCGCAGGGAUAUGUGGUGGAGCUGUGCAGCUCAGACAGUCUGCAGUGGAGCCCGUGCCACAUGGGCACCGUGUCUGCCACCACCUACACCGCCAAGGGGCUUCGGCCCCGACAGGGCUACUUCGUGCGGGUGACAGCAGUUAACGACGGGGGCCGCAGCCAGCCCACUGCCCUGGACAUGUUAGUGGAAGCCAUGCCCGUUUCCGUCGCUCCCAGGUUCCUCAUGGACUCAAAGGACUCGCUGAUGGUUAGAGUUGGGGACACCAUUCGCGUGCCCGUCUCGUUUGAGGCUGCCCCCAUGCCGGAGGUGACCUGGCUGAAGGACGGCCUGCCCUUGCCUAAGAGAAAUGUGACCUCCAGCAAGGACGGCCUCACCCAGCUCCUGGUUCCUGCGGCCAGCCUCUCAGACAGUGGUUUCUACACCGUGGUGCUGAGGGGCCUCCAGGGGGAGGAGGCCACCUACUCCUUCCACCUCAGGGUGGCAGACUACCCGCAGUCACCCGGGCCCAUCAGCCUGCAGGAGAACGUGCCUGGGACAGUGACAGCCGAGUGGGAGCCAUCUCCGGACGAGACCCGGGGCAUCCCUCUGUACUACACGGUGCUGACACGCUCCUCCAGCCACAGCUCCUGGCGCGAGGUGGCCGACCGUGUCCACACCAACCGCUUCACCCUGCUGGGCGUCGUCCCCGGCCACGAGUAUCACUUCCGCGUGGUGGCCAAGAACGCGCUGGGGGCCAGCAUGCCCUCGGACACCAGCCAGCCCUGGUGCAUCCCACGGCAGCGAGAUGGGCUCACGGUGAAAGCUCCCAGCUAUCGGGACCCCAACCUGCGCCAGAAGCCCUGGUUCCUGGUGGGCCUCCGGCCCCACAUGCUGCCGUCCGGCUGCGAGUGCUGCAUGAGCUGUGCCGUGCGCGGCUGGCCCCAGCCCCACGUCACCUGGUUCAAGGACGACCAGAGCCUGACAGGAAACCCUGGGGUGUACAGCACCGACACGCUGGGCGUGUGCUCCCUGGUCAUCCCCAGCGUCUCCCCCAAGGACAGCGGCCAGUACAAGGCAGUGGCUGAGAACACGCUGGGCCAGGCUGUCAGCACGACCACCCUCAUUGUCACAGAAUCCAGCUCCUAGCCCCGCCUCACCCUGGAAUGGCCCUGCCAGGCCACACAGCCACGAUGAUGACAGAAGCCUGACGCUGACACCUACACUGGCCUGGAGAGCCAGUCCCCAAAGAUGGAAGACACCGGCAAUGCCCAGGACCCCAGGGAGGCAGGAGAGGGGCUUCUGAGGAGGUUUCACCAGGAAGCCAUGGAGUCCUCGGGGAAGGAAGAGAAGAAUGUGGGCACUCGUCCUCAGCGCCCCAAGCUACAUCAUGAACAGGGUACCGGUGACCUCCACUCACCACGCAGCCGUCUUUCUUCUCCACCUGAGGAGAUCCAGGGAGAACCUGCCUGCAGGACGGAGGCCAGGUCCUCCUCUCCUGAGCCAUGCCCUCUGUGGGGGUGAGCUGGGCCUGCUGUGACCGCAGGGAGAGGAGCGUGAGGGAGGUCCAUGGACCUGGUCGGGACUGGGGCACGGAGGGCAUGUGUACGGAGUGAUUUCUGUACUUUUCUUCAUUAAAACAUUAGGCAAAUAGAGGCAAAUCA